UUUGUACCUAGUGGGGCGGCUCAUGUUGGAGGGUCUGUAAAUGUAUCAAAAAAAAUUUCAUGAUUCCAGCAAAAGUUUCUGAUCUCCCUAAUAGGCUUCCAUGAAACUGUGAUGCCAGGCUAAAGAAUCAGGCAAAGGAGCCAAAUACUGAGAAUAUGAAAAUAAAAAGCGGUAGCUGGGGGAUGGAGGUAUACAGAGUUGGGAAUUUGGGAAGGACAUUUUCUCCUAAUGACAAAUCUGCUAAUUAUGUAGUUGCAGCUGCAUAGUCCAAAUACUGCAUGCAGCCAGUCUCUGCCGACCUCUGAGAGUGUGAAGUCUGGAUAGGAAGUAAGAGUAGGAGUUUUGUAAGUAGGAGUUUUGCAGCUCAGUGGGAGGGGGCAGCUGCUGACAUGCUCAGAGUACAGACUUCCUGCUCCUGUACUAUACUGGCACUGUACACACAGAUUAAACAGACAGGAUAGGAGAGGCUGCCGGAAUCAGGGGACAGUCAGCUACACGCAGAAGAGUCGCAUCUGUAACGCGGGCAGAUGGAUCGCUUGUCGGUUAUGCUGCUGAAAGUAUCGGAUCGCCUGACUGCCAAGGAGACGGAUGAUUUGAAGUUUCUCUGCCGGAAAAAGAUCACAAAGAAGAAGAUGGAAGCUGUCAGCAAGGCGACGGAUUUGUUCUCCAGGCUCCUGGAGCAGGCGGAGAUCGCACAGGACGACCUCGCCUUCCUGGAGCAGCUGCUGCAGAAUAUAGACAGAAAGGACCUUGUAGAAGAAGUGCGUAACUACCAGAGCUCAUGUAGCAGGGAGGAGACUGCUGGGGGUGAGCCGGAGGAACGAGAUCAGCUUGACUUGGCGUUUGACAUCAUAUGCGAUAAUGUUGGGAGGGACUGGAGGAAGUUAGUACGUACUCUUGGGGUGACAGAGGUCACAAUGGAGCAAGUUAUCUAUGCUAAUCCCUUUAACAUGCAGGAACAACUAAUGCAAUGCCUGAAGGAGUGGAGGAAAAAGAAGAGAGACGACGCAAAUGUGUCUGCCCUGGUGCUAGCUCUAGAACACUGUAGAAUGAGGCUUGUGGCAGAGAAACUGACUGAUGGACUUAAUCUCAGCCAUGGGACUGCGUAGAAGUGGCACUGGAGGUUCUGAGAAAUGAAAUGUUGCCUUAGGUUCCUAAAAAGGUUGGUGUGACAGCAGAAGUCUGACAGGAUUCACUCUCCAGUGUAAAUGUAUGAUCGUGCGGACAUGGGCCCUCAUUCCGAGUUGUUCGCUCGGAAAAUUUCAUCGCAUCGCAGCGAUUUUCCGCUUAGUGCGCAUGCGCAAUGUCCGCACUGCGACUGCGCCAAGUAAAUUUGCUAAGAAGUUUGGAUUUUUACUCACGGCUUUUUCAUCGCUCAGGCGAUCGGAGUGAGAUUGACAGGAAGUGGGUGUUUCUGGGCGGAAACAGGCCGUUUUAUGGGCGUGCGGGAAAAAACGCUACCGUUUCUGUGAAAAACGCGGGAGUGGCUGGAGAAACGGAGGAGUGUCUGGGCGAACGCUGGGUGUGUUUGUGACGUCAAACCAGGAACGACAAGCACUGAACUGAUCGCAGAUGCCGAGUAAGUGUCGAGCUACUCAGAAACUGCACAGAGAUGUCUUAUCGCAAUAUUGCGAAUCUUUCGUUCGCAAUUUUACUAUGCUAAGAUUCACUCCCAGUAGGCGGCGGCUUAGCGUGUGCAAAGCUGCUAAAAGCAGCUUGCGAGCGAACAACUCGGAAUGAUCACCAUGGUUUAAAUGUCAGAGGUGCGUACCCAAAUCCAUUUGGGAAUUGCUCAGAUAUAUCAAUUGGAGAUGUUGAGAAGGUGAUUUCAUAUACAAGUUGGGAAUCUUUGGAAUGUCUGUAAGGAAAUGCAUGUGCAAUUUUUUUUUUCCUGUGGGGUGCUAUGGAAUUUCUAAUCCUCGCAAGUAAAGCUGCCGCCCAGAAAAGACUGCAUACACAUACACAGCCUAUAUGCAAUAACGAGGAACAUAGACUGCUAGCAUAGCACAAUGGCUACACGGACUGGACACAGCAGACGCCAUGUUUCUUGUACAUACAUGAUUGCAGCUUCCGGCAUAUAUACGCGUCCCAAAAAUGGCCAUGACACGUGCAUUUUUACUCCCACUCCCCGUUGCCUCCCCUAAACGCUCCCUUCCUGUCGGUCACUCUGCAACUAAAUCCUUACUGCGAGCAGAAUUAUAGCGGCACCUUGACAUAUGCGCAUUGCGAUUGCGGAACAUGGGCAGUCUGACGAUAAUCGCUCUGUUGCGUGAACAUCCGCAGUGCGAGCAAGCAUGAAUUAGCCCCUAAGUUCCACCUUUUAACCUCUUCAGGGACACAUUUUUUAUUUGUUUUCAGAUCUAUCAUAUAAAGAUUUUUUUUUUAAAUGGAUUUUAUUGAAAAUAUAAUAAAUUUGAAGUUAAGAA